AUUAUUUUUAAUUUUAUUUACGUUUUUUAUAAUAAAUUUAUUUUUUAAAUUUUUAAAAUAAUUUAACAGUGUGAUUAAUGACAAAUUCUGGUGAUGUAGAUUCUACAAGUGAAGGUGUUUCUAGAAGUACCGCUUCAUGGCUAACUCAUAGGCUUUAUAUCCCACCAAAUACAGUUAAACGCCAUAAACCUUCUCAGAAUACACCUAAUGCUGUUAAUAAGGCCAAUACGGUUGGUUACAGAUUGGGAAAUAAUGUAAAUUAUAAUUUUAAUGAUGAAUAUGACCCGAGAUACCCCAAUGAAUAUGAAAAGGUGACAAAACUGCUUUCAAUUAAAUCGCAUACUAAAACUCCUCAGCCUAUUCAACUGACUCCUAACACUCCAAGUCACGCUCCACUCUCAGGCGACGAGAUGUUAAAGAUAAGAUUAGAAGCCAUGAAAAAAUCAGAAGUAUACACAGAAAAACCUACGACACAGAGUGUAACAGCUACCACACAGCCUAAAAAGACUGAACAGCCUGUUGCAUUGAAAAUGAUGGAGAAAAUGGGCUGGAAAGGACAAGGUUUGGGUAAAAAUGAACAAGGAAUGGUAACGCCUCUAGUAGCUAAAUCUAUAGGUAAAAACAGCGCCAUCAUUAUUAAUGCUCCUAACAAACCUGUUCCAAUCACCUUACCUAAUGCCAAUAUAUCUAAUAAUACUGUAACUAAUGUUCCAACUACCGUGGAAAAGGUUAAGGAUGAGGUAAAAAUAGACGAAAAGGAUUUGAGUAGAAUAUGUAUAAUAUUAUUUAAAGGGAAUAGGAAGGUUGAGUUGGAUGAAUUAGAGGAGGUUUUAACAGAAUUUGGUACAAUUAUCGAUAUUAAAUUGUUAAAUGAGGAAAUGUGUAAUAAGCUGUUGCAAGAUCAAAGAUAUAGUGAAGUAGUUGGCAAAUUUAAGCCAGAUUCCUCAAUUGUUGUGUGUGAAUAUGAGACCGAAGAACAGUCAAAAAGAUUAUUUUUGGAAUAUAAUAAUAAAUUCCUGAUGGAAUCCAGUGUGUCAGUGCUAUUUCUAUCUCCAGCACUUUACUCUCAAUUUUAACUUAAUUUACUCGAUUUUUAU